AUGACUCCACAGAGGAUCCUGCCGGGAUCCCGAGUCUCGACUAGGGAGGACGAAAAAGAUGAAAGCGUAUCAGAUGAUGAAGACAAAUUAUGUGAAACAGAAAAUAAUAGUUAUCGACGAUUAGACGAACUGGAUCUGUAUUUAGCAUUAAAAGUUGAUAAAGACCGGCUGCCAAUAAAUCCACUUGAAUUUUGGCAUGAAAAUCAAAGAACAUAUCCAAUUCUAUCAAAAGUAGCCCGGAAAAUACAUUCCAUACCCGCUGCAACGGCCGCAGUAGAAAGGCAAUUUAGCUCUGCUGGGUUUGUCGUAACGGAACGGCGAUCAAGUAUAAAUCCAGAGCAAGUUGAUAAUGUUUUAUUAAUUCGUUCAGUUAAGAGGAUGAACAGUUUAUUGGAAAGAAAAUAA